CAGGUGACCGGUAGUGCUCGCGGAGACGGCUGGUGGGGCUGUUUCCAUGGGAGCGGUGGAGUGGGUCGUUGGAGUUCGACGGCGAUGGAGUCAGGGCCUGCUGUCCCUCCCCCGGGCCUGGGUCUUGCUCUGGUUCUGCCUCAGCCUCAGCCUCAGCCUCAGCACGCGCCUCGGAGCCGCCGUCUACGUCCUGGACGACGAAGGAGGCCUGGGCCCGCAGUUUGACGGCAUCGGCGGCCUGAGCGGCGGCGGGGCAACCUCCCGGCUUCUUGUGAACUACCCAGAGCCAUAUCGCAGCCAAAUCUUGGACUAUUUAUUCAAGCCAAACUUUGGUGCUUCCCUGCAUAUCUUAAAGGUGGAGAUUGGUGGUGAUGCUCAAACAACAGAUGGGACUGAGCCAUCACACAUGCACGAUGAGAACGAUGAAAAUUACUCACGAGGAUAUGAGUGGUGGCUAAUGAAAGAAGCUAAAAAGAGGAAUCCUAAUAUUAAAUUAAUAGGGUUACCUUGGGCCUUUCCUGGUUGGAUUGGCUGUGGAACCAACUGGCCUUAUACCUGCCCAGACAAAACGGCCUAUUAUGUUGCUUCAUGGAUUCAUGGUGCCAAAUCCUAUCAUAAUUUGGAUAUUGAUUAUGUUGGGAUUUGGAACGAGAGAACAUUUAACACAAAGUACAUUGAGCUGCUGAGAUACACCAUGGACAAAAUGGGUCUAGAGCAGGUGAAAAUCAUAGCCAGCGAUAAUCUUUGGGAACCAAUAUCUUGGUCUGUGCUUCAAGAUACUGAACUAUGUGAUGUGGUCGACAUUAUUGGAGCCCAUUAUCCUGGAACAUUGUCAAGCAGUAAUGCCAGGAAGACUGGAAAGAAGCUAUGGUCAUCUGAAGACUACAGUACUGUUAAUGAUAAUGUUGGAGGAGGUUGCUGGGCUCGUAUACUUAACCAGAAUUUUGUCAAUGGCAAUUUGACUUCUACAAUUGCAUGGAACCUGGUGGCAAGUUACUAUAAAGAGUUACCAUUCGGGCAGGAUGGACUGAUGACUGCAGAUGAACCAUGGAGUGGGCACUAUGACGUGCAGUCACCUAUUUGGGUUACAGCACACACCACACAGUUCACUCAGCCUGGAUGGCACUACCUGAAGACUGUUGGUCACUUGCAGAAGGGUGGCAGUUAUGUGGCUCUUACUGAUGGGAAGGGAAACCUCACCAUUAUCAUAGAAACAAUGACCCAUGAUCAUUCAAUAUGUAUCAGGCCACCACUGCCAUCUUACGAUGUCCAUCAGCAAAAUGUGACUUUUAAGUUGCAAGGAUCGUUUAAAAAUAUUAAAGCUUUAAAAGUAUGGCAUUCAAAGUUUGACUUUGUCAAGAAUUCAUCAACAUUUUUUAACCAGUUGUCUGAAAUCAAGCCCAUCAAUGGAUCAUUUUCACUACACUUGGAGCUGGAUGAAAUAUUCACUAUGACCACCAUCAGCACAGGAAAUCGAGGCAGCUUCCCUGAACCACCACCCUCUACAUCAUUUCCCAAAAUAUAUAAGGACAACUUUAAUGUUGAGAGCCCACCAUUCAGUGAAGCACCUAAUUUUGCUGACCAGACUGGAGUAUUUGAGUACUUCAUAAACUACCAAGAUCCUGGUGACCAUGUGUAUACCCUACGCCAGGUCACAACUCAGCGACCUAUAACUUGGGCAAACGAUGCUGACCAAACAAUUAGUGUUAUUGGUGACUACAAUUGGAGAAACGUGAAUAUAACUUGUGAUGUACUCAUUGAGACUGCCAACACUGGAGGUGUAUUUAUUGCUGGAAGGGUAAACAAAGGAGGUGAAGUUGUUCGACAUGCUGAAGGCUUAUUCUAUUGGAUCUUUGCAGAUGGGAAUUACAAAGUCACAAAUGACCUCCGUGGUAAAAUUGUGUUGGCUUCAGGCAAGUCAGGUACACGUGCAGGAAAAUGGCAUACCCUCACUCUGAGCAUUCAGGACAAUUUAGCAUUCGGACUGUUGAAUGGCUAUCCUCUAUGGAAGAACGUUCGUAUAUUUCAACCACAGAAUGGCUGGGCAGCUAUUGGAACACUUGCAUUUGAACUGGCUCAGUUUGAUAAUUUUUACAUUCAGGCUAGUUAACCAUCUAUGAAUCCAUCUCUACAGAUCUUAAAAUUUAUGUUAAGAUUGCAUUUGUAAUGAAUAAUGUGCAGUGUGUUCUUUUGCUAUUUUACAGUUAAAUAUUGGAGGGAGUAAACUAAAUUUAACAGGAUAUUUGAGUAUUUAGUUAAACCCCACCUUCAUUGAAACAUGCAGAAUUAAAAGCUUAAUAUAUCAAUAUUGUACCAAUGCUGAUAAGUUAUGCAGAGCAAGUGCAGUUGUAACUAAUAGAAUUCAACUUGAAACUGUAUAUUUCAACCAAAGAUGAUUCUAUGUUUUAUGCAAAUAUCAGCCAAAGUAUGUAUUGAGAUUGAAUUACUUCAGAAUGAAUGAAUGGAUGGAUGAAUGGUAUUUCCUAGCAACUUUAUCCAGUUUGUAGAUGAAAUUGGCAAUUCACUUCUUCACGUUUUUUAUAUUAAAAUCUUAAUCUUUCUUUUCAAUUCAUUUUUAAAUAAGGCCUUCUGGAUUUUUAACUUUGUUUUUCUAAUGCAAGCAUUGCCUACUCAUGCUCAAUAUUAAAGACAGAUCCUCUGGUUGCACUUUUAAAGCUGAUUGUCCUUUAACCAAUAAAAAUAUUUUCAUCUAA